AUGACCACCAUCCUAGUUCCUACCCGCGCCAGCACGACGAAUAGAGCCACAUUACACCCAUAUUUGGACAACGCAUUGCAUGACACGUUCAUAAGUGAUUGGAGUUACUCUUCCGGAACUAAGAUCCUAACACAUAGUCUGACAGUCGGUGGAAACGCAAUUACCAAUUCUCACGUAUUGCAGACACCCACGCGAUUAUCGGCCGUUGAGUGGUUGACGAGCAUGUCGCAUGCACGGGCGCAAGCGAAGGAUGCGAAUAUCCAUGGGCGGACGAAGAAUGGCGCAAAGAUUGCUGGGAAGGAGAAUGCGACUCUGAAUGGUUGGAGCGAUGCGACCACGAAAAGGAAGGCUGCGGAUUAUGAAGAGGACAUUGAAGGGUUUCAAUUCUCACGCACUUCGCGACCGAAAAAGCCGCGACCGUCUCCUGAAAAUGCGGCCGUAGACACAGCACCACAAAAUCUACCCGCCCAAAAACGGCGAGGGAGAAAGGGUUCACCGGGUGUUGUGGAUUCGAAUCUGGAGACACCGAAUGGUUACAGUGUCGCGGAACCGACGCGACGAAGGCCAAAAAGACUGGCCGCUGACGAACACGAGGCCCUUCCACGUUCAAAGAAACAACUACAAGACUCAGAAACUACUGUCGGCCGCUCGACAACCAAGAAGGGCCGUCCCGGCAAAACGAAAGAUCCAGAUUUACCGCAUGGUGUGAUAGAGGAGAAUGAAGAACGAGAGACGACUCCGCAACCGCAGGUCGCGGAGACAAAAAUUGCAUUGCCUUUCGCUGAUACCCCUGUUAUUCAACGGAAUAAGGAAAUGAGACAAGAGCGCGGGAGAGGGAAAAGACGAAGUAGCUUUGGCAUGAGGGGCAGAAGAGCAAGCUCAUUGAUCGAUUCCGGAGCGUCAAAUGUAGCACUACCACAUGACAAGGUCGACGUGGCAGAAUUCUACAAACACAUAGAGAGCGAGGACUUAUCGGAGCCUCGACGGAUGCGACAGUUGUUGACUUGGUGCGCAACUAGGGCUAUGGGUGACAAACCUUCUGGUUCAAGAUCGGAUGAUGAAAGUGCCAAGUUAGCAGCCCGUGUCAUCCAGGAGGAAAUGCUCAAAGAAUUUUCCAAUCGAUCCGAAUUGUCGGAUUGGUUUAGCCGUGAAGAAACAGCUUCGCCGGCUGUGGUUGUGAAGAAGCCGAACCCUAAAAAUGUCCAGAAUGCCGAAAAGAUUAAAGAGCUGGAACAGCAUAUCCAACGACUCCAAGCUGAACGGCAAUCUCUCGCUGAUCUGCUUCGCGCCCCGUCUCUACCAAGCAUAGAGCCUCCCUCUGAAGAAACUGAUUUUAACCAGAAAUCCGAGUCCCAACCCCGGCUUUCCUCUCCCGAUCUCAUUGACCCCGCGCUCCUUGACGUCUCUCAAAGAUCUCUUUUAGAUGUCGUGAAAGAACCUCUUUUCCCUUCUCAACCUCAAUCACAGUCUUUACCCACAACUUCCCGCAUGGUAUCGGAAACAUCCGACCCUAUAUCAUCCCUGACAAUCCGUCUUUCGUCGCUCUCCUCAUCCCUCGCACCCACCCUAGAUUCUUUCGCUGCUGGAAUUCACGACCUUGAAUUAUAUCGCUCCGCUGCAGAUAACGUUGCCGGCGGUGUACUCCGAGCCUGCGCUAGAAGACUUGAAGAGAGGGAUUUGAGAGGUUCAACAAGAUCACCAGUAACUGCUGAAGUGAAGAGCGAAAGUGAAGGCGACGACGGAGGAGGAAUGACAAAGAAGGAUAUUGAAAAGGAAGACCUGAGAGUAGUUCUUGGUGCAUUGAGUCGGCUGGAAAGAAGAUGA